GUUCACUUUGAUGAACAAAUGGAGCUUCGUUGUUCUAGUUUACGAGUCUUGCGUCAUGAAUCAAAACAAAACAAAACAAAACAAAGAGCUCUUUUAAUCUAGCGAGAUAGUAAAUAACUACUUGAAUUCACACUAACUUACAGAUUAAAUAACUUUCAGUUAUGAUGCAAUAGAAAUAUUUAGUAAUGAGUUACGGGACAGUACGUGGAAACAGGAGCACCAAGAGCGAUGACGCCAUCACCAGUCACCCCUUCUUCAUCUUCACCGACACCCACGAGGACUCCCAGGAGCCGAAUCAAAUCAAAGACAACUGGAAUUUGACCCAACAAUUGCUUUCAUAUCUGAACAAACAUGAAGUUAACUCUUUUGGUAGAGUUCAGAGCAGCAUUUCGCAGAAAAGCAUAGGAAAGGUCCCAGUUGUAGUUGUCGUGGUUGGAGGUGACCUUUUGACCUUUAGUUUUGUUCUGGAGACCUUGAGGGAGGGGAUACCAGUUGUGGUCUGUGAUGGUGUCGGAGGGGCUUCCGACUGCAUUAUCUAUGCCAUGAAGAGCUACAGUCGACAAAAGGACGGAGGUGUAGAUAUUCCGCAGGACAAAAGAGACACGCUCAAGAACAAAAUUCGAGACAUUUCGACUCCGAAUAAGAAAGGACAAGAUGACACCCAAUUUUUGGAGCUCAUUCUAUCCAUUGUUCAGUUCGAAAACAUGGCUAUCAAGAAACCAGCUUCAUUGCUCAAAAUCAAUAAUCGCUACCCGAAAAAUAAGAGCAGCAGUAAAAGUGGAGGUCAAGACGAUGAUAUUUUGAUCAGGGAAAAGUGGAACAACAAAGCUCAAUAUCUCCUAUCAUGUGUUGCAUUUAUCAUUGGACUAGGAAAUGUUUGGAGAUUUCCGUGGCUGGCACAGAAGUAUGGUGGUGGUGCUUUCCUAAUUGCAUAAGUGAAAGUGAAAUUUAAUUAUUGAAUUU